UCAGAGGUCAUUCGAGUAUCGCAUGAUAUUGCUGAUAGCGGACCCCAUGGAGGAGUGCAUGAGCAGUCUGCCAUCCCUGACUGACAACUGUUCCAACCUCCGCUCAAGUGCAUAAAGUUUUUGGGAAGAAGUUCCUAAAAGUCUUUGUUUGUUUCCGUCCAUGGAUGAGAGCAAGCCUGAGAAGGCUCCAGGAGAGAUACUGUCACUCAGCUCUAUUGAGCUCCCUGUGUCUAGCACAGUGUACAAGACCUAGCGCAAGGCAUAUUCGUCCUACGAGAGCUGUUCCAUUCGUUCGCCGGACCGACCGACGCCUGUCCACGUCUACUGUACUCCCUCAACUCCAUAUCAAGCUUACCGUCGUCCACCGGACAACUCGGUCAGAGGAUAACGAUGGUAUUGGGAAACCUGAGGUGACUGAGUCUAUUGGCGAUCCAGCCAAAACAGAGAGCGGGAGGAGCAACAUGCCUAAAGCAGCUUGGUAUGCCGUCCAUACCGGUCGAAGACCCGGUGUCUAUUCCUCGUGGUCAGAAGCUGAAGCCCAAGUGAAGGGAUUUAACGGGUUGUUCUAGGGCAAAAUUCAAGCGCUUCGCUCAAGAGAGCCAGGCAAGGGACUUUCUAACGUCUGAUGGAUCAUACACCAAACCCUAUCCGCCAGCUCAAAGGGAGCGCCC